AUGGGAGGUAAAGCAAAGAUUGAAUGUCAACCCAAUUGUAAACGACAAGGCACUUCAAUGACUCUUAUUAGAUCAGCUGCAGAAAAAAGACGGAGACAAAAAAUCAUUGAAGAAAUUUUAAGUGAAUCGUUAGAAAAUAAUGAAACGGGUAAUGCUCAAGAACCAAAUAUUGAUGCCGUAUCAGUUAACACUGUUGAACAUAUUGACAUUGAUUCUGCUCCUGUAAAUUUAACACCUGACCAAAAAGUUAGUGUUGAAACACAAACUGAUAUUAAAAACCGUACCGUUGCUGUACAAGUGAAUAAUCGUCCUAAGUAUCGUAGUGUGGCAGUUCAAUGUAAAAUUUUAUCAACUGGAGUUGAUAAAUCCUGCUCACCGAUUAAAACUGGUAGCAUUAGUACUGCAACAUCUCCAAUAAAACCACUGCGUCAAAAAUCAAUUUCAAAUUUACUCGAUGCCCAGAAAAGUUUGUCAUUAAGUAGUUUUACACAUUCAAAUAGUUCACAAGAAAUUUAUGAACCUUCCGAAAAUACUGGCUCAAGUACUAUGGAUUCUAGCAGCUGUCAAUCUCCUGUAAAAAAAGCUGAAAUUUUGAAAGUCACAAAUUACUUAAUUAACGACAAUUUAAAGGCGUAUACAGGAGUUCCUCGAGAAUGGAAUGUUAUUGUAUGUGUUAUGUGUACCUUGAUGCCUUAG